AUGGUGCUCUUGACACAUUCCACAGUUUCUGUCAUUGUAUCGACAGGAGUGGUUUCAAUUUUUACAUUCUUACUAUUUCUUUCUGGCUACGCACUACAACAACAAUCUGUUCGGACUAUCCAGCAUGUUAUUCGACCGCCAGAGCGUCAUGCCUCGGCGGGGCAAAUCAACAAAAGAAGUCAAGAUCCUCUAUCAAACUCAAACACCGGGACGCAACUACAAGAUGAGCUGCCCAAGGUUGAAACGGAAACCAGUCCAGGGGCAGAGGGUAACUAUGCUUACCUCCAGCUCUUAUCCGACCCAGACCCCUCCGACAUUUGCUCUGCUAUUCUGUUCUUUAAACAACUCUCUACGAACGGAAGUGCUAUACAAGACCACCUCUUUAUGUACCCUUCAGACUGGGACAUAAUGAACCCCUCAAAGCCCGUCGCCAUGGCUCUGUCUCUACUUCGGGCCGCAAGUCUGAAAUAUGACAUAUGGCUCCUACCCAUCGACAUGACAGCAGCUACAUCAGCCGGCUAUCAAACGACAGACACAAAACUCCUCCGCCUAGGCCAGAUCCAAUUCAUGCAGUAUGAUGGUGUACUCUACCUUCAGACACCCGGGCUUCUCCUUGACUCCGCCAAGCUAGACUCCAUGCUUCUUGAUCGACCCCUUCCUCUCCGUCACGACAAGAGUCGAGUCGAGUCAUACGACAAUGAGGCGUGGAGAUCUAUGCCACUGCGUGCGGAGCGAGAUGCAAUUCUUCCACCCGUGUAUCUCGUAACUGUUAAUAAUAUUGAGCACGGCCACGUCGAAGCUCGAGGCCAUAUUCCCAAUAUGGCAUUGGAAGGAUUCGGAGGAAUCGUUACUGGGACCUGGGGUGUACGGUCGGGAUCGGAUACUGAAGAAACCCCCGAUGGGAACCCUGGAUAUGUCGUCUUCGAGCGCGACCAUGAGAAUCGGGUGAAAUGGAAAAACAAUCCACUGUUUGGCUCCUGGCGAGCACAACAAUAUGAGGUUUGUGAAGGUCUUGAUUUAGACGACGUUGCAUCAAACUAUGAUUUUGAUGAUGAUAUUUGA